AUGGACGCGUCGAAUGAUGGCUCCGAGUCCGUCGACCAGUUCCUCGCCCGAAUUGCCAGCCUGAGUUCAAAGCAGGGACAAGAAGAUGCCGAGCGAUCAAAGAGAAUGGAGGAGGAGAUGUUGCAGGCUAGAAAAGAGAGACAGGCGAGAAGAGCAGAACGCGCUCGGUCUCUGUCCCCCUCGAAAACCGGCCCUACACCAUCCUUGCGACUUGUUGGAGAGAGUGCUCCAAAGUCCACACAGGGAAUUGACCCUCCCAUAGCCCUUACGCCUCCUUCUCUCCAGCCUCAUACAAUUGGUCGUUCCGACUCCAUAUCUCCAAGGCCCGAGCGAGCUGCAGCUUCUGGGCUAGAUUUCACACGACCUCUCCCACCUCCACCUGCAAGCGAUAAACCAUCUUUGCCCAGCCCGUCUCUGAAUGCCACUGUGCUCUCCAGAAGCGGGACUCUAUCAUGGCAACAACGACCUUCAUCGAAAGGAGUCGGCUCAAGACAACGGCCGCUAUCCGUGGCAUCCAUCCCUGAUUCAGCCCUGGUUCUAGGCCCUGGUCUGCCAAAGCACAUCGACGACAUGUCGAGGAAAGAUAUUGCUGCUUCGUUGGGCGCCAAAGACCCUUCCUGGUUCCGUCAGACUGCUGAUCGAGGUAUUGGUUCGGCUGCGUAUCGUAAGAAUGAGACAGAUCCGGAGGCAGCUCCAUCCUUCCCGAGCCGGGGCAUGAGGCUCCCAGGCAUGUCUAAGGAUUCCCAUACUUCAGAGAACCCCUCAAGGGAUGAUCCCGAGAAAGCAACUCCCCCCUCGUCCCCUCCGAAAUCAUCUUUCCUCAAGCAAGGACAAUUGUCAAACCAGGAAGACACGAAGCCAACGAUACCGCUCUCCACGGUGUCCUUGUCACCGGAAAAGCCUCCUGCUUUGGACUUACCGAGUUUCAAGCCAUUGGACCUGAAGACUUCGUUCACAGCCGACACAUCUGGUCAGGGAAGAACCUCGAGCAUUUUGUCAUCUGCGGGGCGCCCUCCUUCACCCACCAAGGGUUUGGGUGGGUUUGUUGAGAGCGCAAUGAUGAAAAGAUCAGAUAGUGUGAGCAAAAGAUGGAGCGUACAGGCAAAUGCAGGCUUGAAGCGAGGUGACUCUGUUGCCACAGCUCGUCCGGUCCAUGUUUCUGGGGCAUCAGCCUUCACUCCUGGGCACACUCGUGGCCCUUCCAGGGAUGUCAGAGGUGUGCGGGAAGGCAAUUCGUCCCCGCUAUCAAGCUCCAGACCUGUUUCUAGCCAUGGCACCGAACCCAUUCCCCUUACCAAAGCCCGUCCGCAGAGCCGUCCAAACAACGACUCUGCAGCAUGUUCAGAGGCUCAGCCUGCCGAUGGACAAGGUAUCCCCGCUGAUCUCGAAGUCGCCAAAAUACAACAUCAGAAUCGCCCGACCACUCCACCGCCAUCCGAAACGCUCUUGUCUCGCAGCCCAUCGAAAACUAUGGAUCCUCGUCGCUGGAGUCCGACCAAAGCCAGUUGGCUUGAAAGUGCACUUAACAAACCAGAUUCUCCGAGAUUUACCCCGGCUAAACCUGAGACACCUGCAUGGAAGCUCAGCAUGCAGCGUGCUAAACAAGAGCAGCAGCAGCAGCGAUCAUCCGAAGCCACUGAAAAUGUACCAGCGAAGCACGCAGUUGCGCCAAACCCCCUGAUUUCAUCUUCGUCAGAGUCAACGUCCCUGAAUGAGCUGGCUUCUCGCGAAGACACUUCCCGACGAUCGGCAGACGAGGCAGAGAAUUCAACAAAGGGACUAGCAGAAGGAUCGUCUGUGCCAGGCGACGUACGCACACCAGAGAUCCAGCGGCCCCACAUGGAGAAAAGGGAUGAGAAACCGGCAGUUCCGUCUAAAAGAAAUGUCACGCCUAUUUCACAGGGCGCAAGCUUGAGCAUUAAGUCUGAGGCUGCAACGGCAUCAUCAAGCAAAAACAAUGAAUAUUCAGUCGACGAAUUGCAGGAAGACACUUCUUCCGACUUGAAGCCGCCGAUGCUGAAGCCAAAACCACAGACACCUCCAAAGACCGAUUUUAGAGCUACGUUGAAGUCACGGCAAGCAGCGCCCGCGAGCAAUAGCGACACAGAACCAGAGUUCAAAGCUGUGUUUGGGAAACUGAAGAGGACGCAAACACAGAACUAUGUCGCUCCCGACGUCCUGAAAGACAACAUCACCAAAGGCAAGGCAGGGUUGAAUGUCACGGGCGGACCACAGAAAACUAAACGGGUUGAUGAAUUCAAAGAAAGCAUUUUGCAGAAGAAGGAAGCUAUGAAAACUGGGAGUGGUUCGGUUGGAAAACGUUCGGAUGCACCUAGUCCUCUUGAGAAGCCGGCCCAGGCUGUCCCGGAAGCAUUGGCAAGGCGCAUGACACUACAUAAGACCGGUCCGUCCAGUGAAAAAGUCGAAGUCAAGAAACCGAUCGAUCUGCCUCCGAAGCCUGCUGUGUCAACAUCAAAGCCUCAAGCCGUUCCCGCAAAGCCAGCGUCAGAGAAGCAUAAUGUCUCUGUACGCACGGAACAAGCACCGGUUCCAGCUCAGAGAUUAGCUGCAGUCAAACCUGAGAAGUCUGAAUCUUCCUCGACGACAGCUUUUCCCCUCAAAUCAGUGCCUGGAACUCGCAGCGCCGACAGCCAACCAAGAGCAGACACUUCUUCGGCUGAAGUCGCCCCGGUCAUGGAGUCAGGGUUCAAGAUGAGAGCGCCGGAGAACAGUAAACUUGCAGCUCGCCUUAAUCCUGCACUUGCCGGCAUCUUAUCGCGAAGUGGAAGUCCUAAACCUCCGGGCGACACGUCUUCCAACGGCGGAGGUGUGAUACAAGUGCGAGAUACUAUCACGCAGUCACAGGAGAGUGCGAAUGACAGCAACUCGGAGCUCACUCAUAUGACAAAGGCUCGGGCUAAGGGCCCUAAGAGAAGAGCACCUAAGAGCGGCUCAUCUCCAAGAGAGACCGUUGCGGCUGCUAUCCAAAAGCCUACAUUGAGCUCUGGCACCGGUGGCCCCACCAUUUUACAAUCGGGAUCGUCACGACAACCAAUUUCUGAUACAGGCAGAACGUUGCCCGUGCAAGUAUUCGAAUCAGAGUCGAUCUCCAGCAAGCCCGCAACAAACUUUGAGGACAAGAAACCAGGUGUAGCCAUUGAAGAUGCGGCAUCCCAGUCAAGAUCAGGGUUGGAGAAGGCCAAGCCUGCCGAAAAGAUUGUCGACGAGUCUACUCCCGAAUCAAGGGCUGUAUUGGCAGAAGUGAGUCCCAAACCAAAGCCAGUUGUCGCCAACAAGUCGGCGGAGCUAAGAAAAACUUCAAAUCCUGGAAUGUCAUCACAUAUCGCAGACGAGCCACUUCCGGUCAAACCUAACAAAUCUGCGGAGCUGAGAAAGGCUUCAAAUCCUGCAUUGCCACCUAAGCCUGUGCAGCAGCCGCCUCAAACUAAGCCCUCAAUGCCGAAGAAGUUCGAAGUUCUGGCCGACCGUGCUCAAGCUGUAUCGACCCCUCCCCAAUCUGAUAGUGUGCGGACGAACGCACCUCUAUCGCCCCCGCUCGCGGUGAAUUCGCCUCUGACGCCCAACAAAUUCAAGAUCAAUACGCCCAAAGGGCCAAAGCUCGAAGUGGACAACUCGACAAAGUUGUCCUCGUUCACUCCAUCUAAAGCCAAUGGACUUGGCCUGCAGCUUACGUCUGCCUCAAAGAAACCAGCGGCUACGCCAGAACUAACACCGCCCCCAGAGCCGGAAGCUGCAACGACAAAAUCAACAGCGCCGCUUAGGACACCUCUGUCGUCCACGACAUUUAGUCGCUCGGUGAAACCCCAGUUCGAGAACUUCUUUGGAUUGUUGCCUCAAGCAAGAGAAAAGGCGGAAUUUGAUACCCACGCUUUCUUGUCCUCUCAGAACAAUGCGGGAGAAAAGUCUAAGACUCUCGGCAAACAGAUUUGGGAAAUCUCUGGUGAUGGGAAGAGAACAACCAUGCCCCCCCAACAAGAACACAUACUCUUCGAGGACUGUAUGUAUCUUUGCGUGCAUUCAAUGGAAUCACCCAGCGGCUCAAAAAGUGCCGAAGUAUAUCUCUGGUGCGGUGACGAGGUCCCAGAAGCAGCCGUUGAGGAUGCUCAACUAUUCUGCCGAAAAGUUGCUCGCGAAAACAACACUAAACUAGAGGUAGUAAAGCAAGGCAAAGAGAGUUCCGAGUUUUUCCAGGCUCUAGGCGGGAUCGUCAUAGUCCGGAAGAACAAAUCAGCAGCUUUAUAUAUGCUGUGCGGUAGACGACACCUUGGACACGUUGCAUUCGACGAGGUUGAUUUAUCCGCUGAUAGCCUGUCUUCUGGGCUACCGUUCUUGAUAUCCGCCAAGUUCGGGAAGCUCUAUCUCUGGAAAGGAAAUGGCAGCAAUCCAGAAGAUGUGGGAUGUGCGAGACUGAUCGGCAUGGAUAUGGGGCUCACGGGUGAGAUUGAAGAAGUCUCGGAAGGAGAAGAGCCCGCUAGCUUCUGGGAAGCUUUCCCGUCACGGCCGACCACCCAGCCACGCAACCAGACUGGCCAGCUUCACGGUCAUGCACCCAGAUUAUACCGUGUUGAGCAUGACAGACCGAAGUCGUCCGGCGGCUUCUGGGGCUUAAGGACAGCAUCGCCCCCAAAGCAACCCGCUAGAGCUUUAGUGGAAGAAAUUGCCCCAUUUUGUCAGAAGGACCUUGACGCCAACCAUAUCCACAUCCUUGACACCUAUGGGGAGCUCUAUGUCCUCGUCGGUGGGUCGGCAAAGAAACCUGCCGAGUUCGUGACGGCUGUACAGGUGGCGCAGGAAAUUGCUGUCUUGUCCCCAUCUGUUCAGGAUAGACCUCUUUUACCUGCUUGUUAUGUGGUGAUGGGUGAUCCUCCGCAGAACAUUAAAUCGGCCUUCCGGAAAUGGAGGCCUGAAAGACCGAACGCCCGGGACGAACAACUUUGUGUACGAGUAGAAGAAGUGAUACAGGAACUAGGGAUAACGUUGUAA